AAAGCCGAGGGGGCUCGGGGCGGUGUUGGGCGGGGGCUGCACACAGGAGGGCCAUCAGAACGAAGGGUGCAGAGCGGCGCAGCCUCCAGCACAGGGCGCCGUGUCCCACAAGCCGGCCCACGCCCCUCCGGAGCCUUGGACCCUUCGGGAGAGACAGUGUGUUCUCCAUCAGUGGCAGGACUGUAAGAAUAGUAUCCCUAAAUGGAAAGAGACUACAGGACUGAUCAGAGAGGAUGAGAAACAAGGAAGGCUUCUGAAGAACCAAGGGGAAUAAUAUGAACCUCUGGGUUCAUAGAGGACGCGGGGAUGGCUGUUCGUGUUCUGGGCCUCCCAACUCCCGAAGCGAAUACUGAGACCACAAAUGUGUCCAGAGACAUCCUAGAGAGGCUGAGGCGCUGAGGAGGCUUAGGGUGCUCAGAAGGAGAUUCCUGAAGCCAACUCGGAACCAGAGGAAUUUGCCUGGUAUUUGAGUGUCCUCCAAGUCAUCCGCACCUAAAUCCCUGUUGCUAUGGAGACCACCAAUGGGACUGAGCCCUGGUAUCACAGUCUGCAUGCUGUCCUGAAGGCUCUAAAUGCCACUCUUCACAGCAACUUGCUGUGCCGGACAGGGCCAGACAACCUGACGGAGGAGCAGCGGGCUAACCUUCCUGGCCGCCAUGACAACUCCUACAUGUAUAUUCUCUUUGUCAUGUUCCUGUUUGCUGCCACUGUGGGCAGUCUCAUCCUGGGAUACACCCGCUCCCGCAAAGUGGACAAGCGCAGUGACCCCUACCACAUGUACAUCAAGAACCGCGUGUCUAUGAUCUGAUGGUAGGAACUGGGGUGGCUAAAGAUCAAGAUAGCUUUGAUCUUUAGGAUUGUCUUCUAGGGCCUCCAGAACUCAGCCAUGGAUCACAUCGGGCCUCUGUUCCUUUCUGUAAGAUCAACAAGAAACAGUGCUAGGGGAUGCCAUCAUUGGGCUGGGAGGAGAGGGGCCUUGUGGAACAGGACUUCUUUCCAUCAAAGAUAGAGUAGAUAGGCAGUGGGAACUAUGAACAAUCAUAUAGAAGUAGCAAAAGAUAAUAACCAAUGACUGGUCCUGUGGCUGGAGUAUGGGGGACUGGGGGCUUGGACCUGAGGAAGGAGAAAAGGAAGUUGCAGCAGAGGGAAAUAAAACAAGAUGUACUGAG